AUGUUGACUCCCGCUGGCUUUGACCCUGCUCUCACUGCCGCGUACCGUGACUUCAUCGUCAUCAACUACACCACUCUGGCUGCCACCGUGUUCAUGUUCUAUGACUUCUUAAUCACCUUUGGACAAGAAGUCACCCAUUUCUGGCUCGCGCCCGUAUCGGCCGCGACGUACCUCUUCUUCACAAUCAAGUACCUCGCCGUUGUUGAAAAAAUCCUCACGCUGUCACUGUGGGCACCGAACAUGUCAAACAAAAGGCAAUUCACUCUGGAUAUCCUGCAAUUCGUGCCUUGGGGCGUGUUCUCCGCGAUGCGCGCGCACGCGCUCGCCCGGACCUGGGUGCUCACCGCACUGGUCUUCGUGCUAUCCCUGGCGCCGCUGGGAACGAACCUCUAUUUAUUCAGGUUUCAGCAAGACGGGAUUGUCGACCCGCUGUACGGGUGCCAGCAGAACUUUGAGAUCUCGUACCCGCAUUCGGUGACAGUCAAAUGUGUGUAA